UUUUUCUUCAACGCAUCUUGAGGGAACAUUAUAUUUCUUUGCACAAUUCUAUGGCUACUAGAUUUUACACCAAACUUUUUCUCUCUAUAUUUUUAUUUCAUCUUCUAUCCGACAGCACUGCAGAUUCCAAUUACUACUUUUGGCAUUCUCAUCAGAAACACAAGGUCACACAACAACAAUGGUUGAACCAUGGAGGAGAUCUCUACAACAGAAGAUAUGCCAACAACGAGGUCAAAAUAAGCCCUUCAACUGUUUCCAAUCUAAGUUUGAAGUGGAAAUUCUAUGCCGGCGGAGACAUAACUGUAACCCCGGCAGUUUUCGACGGCACCGUUUAUUUCCCGAGCUGGAAUGGAAACAUCUAUGCUGUUAAAGCAUCGGAUGGAUCCCUUGUUUGGAGGAAGAACUUGCACAAGUUGACUGGGUUUAACAACACCGGUUUCAUUCUCAAUGUCAACUCCACUAUCUCAAGAGCUACUCCUACCAUUGCCGGCGACCUCCUCAUCGUCGGAAUCUAUGGGCCUGCCGUUGUUAUUGCUGUCAAGAGGUCCACCGGGAAGCUUGCCUGGUCCACCAGGCUUGAUAAUCAUAAUAGGAGUUUUAUCACCAUGUCUGGAACUUAUUACAAUGGUGGUUUCUAUGUGGGAACAUCUUCUCUUGAAGAAGGCGUUAUGCUGGAUCAGUGCUGUACCUUCCGAGGCAGUUUCUCAAAGCUAGACAUUCGAAAUGGAGCAAUAUUGUGGCAGACAUUCAUGCUUCCAGACAACUUUGGAAACAAAGGACAAUAUGCAGGAGCAGCAAUAUGGGGAAGCAGCCCUUCAAUUGAUAUUUCCAGGAACCAUGUCUAUAUUGCCACUGGGAAUCUAUACUCUGCUCCUCUUCCUAUUCGUCAAUGCCAAGAGAGACAGAACAAUCAAACACUACCUACACAGCCUGACCAGUGCAUUGAGCCAGAUAACCACUCUAACUCCAUCUUAGCUCUUGAUUUGGACACUGGAAAAAUCAAGUGGUAUAAGCAAAUAGGUGGCUAUGAUGUCUGGUUUGGUGCUUGUCACAGACAUUUGGACCCCAGGUGUCCACCUGGUCCUAGCCCUGAUGCUGAUUUUGGGGAAGCACCAUUGAUGUUAAGCACUUAUGUCAAUGGGACUAAGAGGGACAUAGUUGUGGCUGUUCAGAAAAGUGGCUUCGCUUGGGCUCUGGAUCGAAACGAUGGCAGCUUAGUAUGGUCUACGGAAGCUGGACCAGGAGGCCUAGGAGGAGGAGGUAUGUGGGGAGCAGCUACGGAUGAAAGGAGGGUCUACACCAACAUUGCCAACAGCCAACAUAAGAACUUUACUCUUAUGCCGUCCAAGAACAGCACCAUUGCCGGUGGAUGGGUGGCAAUGGAAGCUUGGAGUGGCAAUAUAUUAUGGUCCACUGCUAAUCUUAAUGAAGCCACUUCGCCUGGUUCUGUUACCGUGGCUAAUGGUGUUGUUUUCGGUGGAUCAACUUUUCGACAAGGGCCUUUAUAUGCAUUGAAUGCUAAGACCGGAAAGAUCUUGUGGUCUCAGGAUACAGGAGCCACCAUCUAUGGUGGCGUUUCGGUGAGCGAUGGAUGCAUAUACCUUGGGAAUGGUUACAAGGAAAAUAAUGGAUUUGUUAACCCAAACUAUACAGCCGGAACUUCACUUUAUGCUUUCUGUGUCUAAGUGGCUGCAAUCUUUCCCUGCAACUUUUGGUUUUAUUUGAGAAUAGAAGUCUAAUAUGCAAGCAUGAUUGUGAAUU